AUGUCUGAAGAUGCUUUAUUGGAAGAGGACAUUUGGGAAUACAAGUCCAUUAGGAAGCAAAAGCAUCAGACUAAUUCAGAGAGCAUCUCUGCACCCGUGCGGAAAGUAAGUGAUGGCAAGUGCAGGCCAAAAACAAAAAGAAAGAAAAAAAAAUCCGUAGAGAAAACUGAGAGUCUUCCAAAAACUGAGGAGGGAUUUGGGCCAAAUCAGGAUGUGGAUCAAUGUAAAGAUGAGAGUAGCGUGCACUCCCAGGACAGUGUGAGUAGCCGGACGGAACAGAGCUCACAGAGCGCAAAGCCUGCCCACGAUGGAUACUGCCCGAGCUGUCAGAUGCCCUUCGCUUUGCUAUUGGUCCAGACACCUCGGUGGCACGUUGCUGAAUGUUUGGAUACUCCAGGAUCCUUUGAAAAAGAGUGUCCUGAUGGUUUACUGUGCACUUCCACCAUUCCAUCGCACUACAAGCGUUACAGCCAUUUCCUACUUGCAGCAAGCAGGGCAGGAGAUUAUCUUGUAGACUCUUCAGCAAACACUUCAGAGAGGAAGAUGACAUGUUCUACUGCUGCAAAGCCCAGCUGUUCCCCAAGUCAUGUAGAGGAAAUCUCACAGAAUGAGAAACCAUCUAAUAACAUAAAAAAUGUCCCAAACAAUGACUGUGCAUUGAUGGUACAGCAGUCACCGCAAAUGAAGCCUCUGAGUAUAACCAGGGAAAAUACUUCCUCUUUUGCAGAUGUUUCAAAGCCUCAGCAGACACUCCAGCUCACACAGACCACAGGUAAUAGUUGUACCUUUGAAUUUUAUGACUUUGCAUCCUCUCAAGGAAGUGGAACAGGAGAAGAUCUGUGUAGUCAGAAAGAAACAAGUCAGCCAAGUCUACUGCAGUCAAAUGCAGACUUCAGUGACUGUGAAAUUUCUUAUUCUCCACUGAGUACUUUUGAGGAAAGUGAAGAGGAAACUGAGGAAGAGGAGAAGAAAAUAAAAAUAUCACAAAAUAAGUUAUUAAAAGUCUGGAACUUUGAAGAUGGAGAAUCUAAUUCUGUGGCAGUUAAAACAUUUAAUGGACACCUCUUACAGCAGAAGCCUCAGUAUGAGCAUACCGAAAUGGGAAAUAUUGUUAAAAAAAAACACUGUGAGGAAGUAAAUACAUUGAACCAUAUAGAUCACAGCAUAAAACUGGUUUCUCCAAGUCGAAUGAAGGGCAAGUUCUGUAACUCAACAUGUGCAGAUAAUCAGCAUCAGCAAGAGCUGCCAGCCAGUGGAUCCUCUUCUCCUUUUAAUUGUGAGGAGGUUGAACAGCCAGAAUUGAUUUCCUCUGCUGCUAAAGCAGUUAACACCAAGUCAGAAGAUACUGGUGCUUCUGCUGUGGAUUCUGUAUAUGUGAGUUUUACUGAGACAUCAUCGUUGCUAGUCAGAGAAGAUACUGAGUCUCUUCUGACACAGAAAAGGGAUAUUUUGAGGGACCCAAGUAGCAUUUUAAAUACAGAUAAAAUGACUGCCAAUGCAAUUGAAAAAAUGGCUUGCCAGGAGAGUUUGCAGUCAGUAGUGGAGAAAGAAGGAAAUCUUAAUACAGCUGCUGUGUGCUUUCCCAGCCCCAUCUCUAAAAGAGUACCAUCUCUUUCUUUGGCAAGAAUGAGUGCCAAGUCCACUUCUGCCAAAGAACUCAAACAAAUGGACAUUGGUGUUUUCUUUGGGUUAAAACCCAAAGUAAUUGAGGAAAGCAAAAGAGAGACAUGUUUGGGUGAGGGAAAGCAGAGGUCAAGUUCAGUAACUCCCAAUGGGAAGAGUCCCAGACAGCAAAAAAGGAAAGCUGAAGGCUCUGUGGAAGAUGUAGAAGCAGUUACAGAAAAUUCAGGUAAAACUGGAGCUGUUGCAGAUGUAAGUUCUGGUGCCCGACCACGGUGGAGAAAAAAAUAUAAAGACUUGCCUACUACAGGUGAAGGAGCAAGAAAAAAACACUGCCCUUUCUACAAGAAAAUACCAGGAACUGGUUUUACAGUUGAUGCAUUCCAGUAUGGAGAAAUUGAAGGCUGCACAGCCUAUUUCCUUACUCAUUUUCACUCAGAUCACUAUUGUGGGCUAACAAAAAACUUCAUGUUUCCCAUCUACUGUAAUAAGAUAACUGGCAAUCUGGUGAAGAGCAAGCUUCGAGUCAGAGAGCAAUAUGUCCACGUGCUGCCCAUGGACACAGAAUGCACCGUCAACGGGAUCAAAGUGCUGCUGCUCGAUGCCAAUCACUGUCCAGGGGCAGCAAUGCUCCUGUUCCGUCUGCCGAGCGGAGCUGUCGUUCUGCACACGGGGGACUUCAGGGCAGACCCUUCCAUGGAGCGCCACCCCGCUCUGCUGGCUCAGCAAGUCCACACCCUGUACCUGGACACCACAUACUGUAGUCCUGAGUACACUUUUCCUUCCCAACAAGAGGUUAUCCAGUUUGCUGUCAAUACUGCUUUUGAGACGGUCACUUUAAACCCACGUACUCUAAUUGUCUGUGGCACCUAUUCCAUUGGAAAAGAGAAAGUUUUUUUAGCAAUUGCUGAAGUUCUGGGCUCAAAAGCAAGUAUGUCCCGUGAUAAGUACAAAACACUGCAGUGCUUGGAGUCAGCAGCUGUUAAUUCCCUCAUCAGUGUGGACUGGCAGGGUACUUUGCUUCACGUUCUUCCCAUGAUGCAAAUUAAUUUUAAGAGCUUGCAAGAUCACUUGAAUAAAUUUUCUGAGAAUUUUGAUCAAGUUGUGGCUUUCAAACCUACUGGAUGGACCUACUCUGAUUCAUGCCUUUCUCUGGUGGAUAUCAAACCUCAGACAAGAGGAAAGAUCACCAUAUAUGGGAUUCCUUACAGCGAGCACAGCAGCUACCUGGAGCUGAAGCGUUUUGUUCAGUGGCUGAAGCCACAGAAAAUCAUCCCUACCGUAAACGUCGGAGACUGGCGGGCCAGGAGCUCCAUGGAGAGGCAUUUUAGAGACUGGAUGACUGAGGGCAGUGGGCAUAAAUAAACCUAUGGAAGAAUAUAUAUUUCAAAGGAGGUAGGCUGGAAUGGGAAUUGUGAGUUCCUGUGAGUUUGGGUGUUUUUAACUCCUUUUUCUACAGAGC